GUCAGCACUCCGACCGUCCGUGUAGAGAAGCCCUCAAGCCCAAGAACGGUCAACAUGGGAAACUGGACCUACAGCAAGGCCUUCGUUCUCCUGUACUUUGCGGUGAUGUGGUCAAGCCCGAAUGUGUACGGAUUAACUAAGCAGGAAGCGGCCCAGUUGAAAAGUCUGAUGUUAGAGGUGAAGGCUAAGAUUGACGGGGCGAUGGAGCAGGUUGCGCGCACCCGGGAAGACUCCUUGUCACAGAGAUUCGUCUUUACCCCGCAGCAAGCUCCUAAGAAGUGGCGUGAUGACCUGCGUUGCGGGCAGGGCUACCCUGCUGAAGACGGUAACCCUGCUGAAUGCGACCCUGACAGGUUUUACCCAUGCUGCUCCCCGGGAAACUGGUGCGGCAACACUGCGGCCCACUGUUACUGUUCGGACUGUGUCGACUACAGAAACAAAGAAACAGCCUACGCCUGUGGUGAGAGUGGCACCAUGCAGCUGUCGUGUGGAGAGGGAAAGACGCUCCUCAUCUUGGGCGCCAACUACGGCCGUACGUCGACCAACCACGACUGCCGAUGUUCCACCUGUCGCACCAACUGCCGGGCAGCCAGCAGCCUGUCCGUGGUGCAGAGCGCCUGCCAGGGCGAACAGCAGUGCGCCGUGCGGGCCACUGCCUCCGUUUUCGGCGACCCCUGCAGGGGUGUGCAGAAGUACUUGGAAGCGUCAUACCGCUGUAUCACAGAAAGUAACGUCGCCCAGGGCAAGACAGCAACAGCAAGCACUCAUCCUUCAUAUUGGGGACCGGAAAAGGCUGUGGACGGCCUCAGAGGGACGUUCGUUUCCUGGUACAACCAGUGCCUUCAUACCCUCCGGGUGUAUCAGCCGUGGUGGAAGGUGGACCUGGGUGGUGGGGGUCACUACACGGUUAACCGUGUCAGCGUUCUAAACAGGGGCGACUGCUGUGGAGAGCGACUGCGAAACUUCCAGGUGCGAGUUGGCCCGAACGAGAACUUCGCCCAGAAUGACCAGUGUGGGGGGACUUACACGGCACGUCCAGCCAAUGGAGCAACCAUUGUGGUGUACUGUGACCAGCCGAUGUCCGGCCGUUAUGUGUCUAUUCAGGUGAUGGGCCGGUCCGACAAUCUGCAAAUUUGCGAGGUCGAGGUCUUCGCUGAAACAGUGAGCAAGUACAUCGGCCUGGGUUGCUGGAGGGACACAUACACCCGCGCCAUUCCAACUCUGGAGGGGACAAAUUCACGUCUAGAUGGCAGCUACCCUACUCGUCAAAACCCCAUAGAGAAGUGUUACCAGGUAGCCAGUUCUCGUGGUUUCCCCGUGUUUGCUAUACAGGCAGGCGGUUGGUGUGCUGGGUCUGCUGAUGGGCUCAACACCUUCAACAGGUACGGACCUUCCACAUCCUGUGCAGCGGACGGAGAAGGAGGUUCUUAUGCAAACGAGGUCUACAAGAUUACAGGAAGCGAAAGCCGUGAGUACAUCAGCCUGGGUUGCUGGAGGGACGAACUUGAUCGCGCCAUUCCGACCCUCGAGGGAACAGAUGCACGCCUAGAUGGCAUCUACGCUUACCGUCAAAACCCCAUAGAGAAAUGUUACCAGGUAGCACUCUCUCGUGGUUUUACCGUGUUUGCUGUACAGGAUGGCGGCUGGUGUGCUGGAUCUGCUAGUGGGCUCAACACCUUCAACAAGUACGGCUCUUCCACAGCCUGUGCAGCGGACGGCGAAGGCGGAAGUAUGGCAAAUCAAGUCUACAAGAUUACAGGGUAGUGGGAUGGAGAACGGAAGCACUGGCCGCUACUCCUCUCCACAACUCAGCAUGGAAGCAGUGGCAAAUAGACAGAGCGGUCAACAAUACAAUAGAGAAAAAGACUGAUUUUUGUGUGUAUGUUAUGCGUGUGUGCGAAAUAUUUUGAUAACAACUUCAAAGACUAUAUGAGAAAAAGCAGUUUUACACGAUGGUUUGUCAUAAUACUGGUUUUUUUCACGUGUUUUGCAUACAAUUCACACGUCAAGCCUUUCCCGUAUAUAAAUUGAUGUGUUGUAGGCAAUAUUCGUUUGAUGUAUUAUAUACGAAAAUGGUUUGCGUUCCUGCUAGAUGUGACAUUUGUUAUGUAUGUGGUCACAACAUCCACUGACGACUUUGUUCAGAUUUGAAUUAAAGGAGAGAAAAUAC